AUGGAUAUACCCGAAGGGAAGAAGCCAAGAGAGCGAGAUGGAAAAAGUGAAAGGAGCAAUUUGAGAAACAUAGAAGAAGCGAAGAAAAUACGGAACCAACAGAAUGAAGCGAAAUUGAAAAAGUUUUGUGGAAGUACCGAUUUUGUGUUAGACGUACCGAACAUUGACGAAAGGGUGAAAUUUCUAAAGCAUGAAGUAGACAAUGAGAUUUUAAAUUUCAAUUACACAACUAUGAUGUUAAAUGAAAAGGUGGAGAGGUUAAAUGAUAUAGAGAGGAAUAUACACAUCCCUAUGGAGACGCCUUUUUCAUUUUCCUUUAAUAUGCAAAAUAAUGAGGAUAUAGGUAAUUGGAUAAAGGAGCAAAAUGAGAAUGAACACCGGAAGAUUGGAAACGUUGAAGGGACGGAUAGCCACAUCAACCUAAAUGAUGAGGUGAAGCAGUUUUCUUCAUCUGCUCCGAUUGUCCAUACAUUUGACAAAGACGAUUUGGAGUUUCUGAAUAGGGUUGCUCCGCAUUAUAUUAGAAGGGUUAGAAGUAGCCUACUGCACGGUGAUGAGAGGCAGAGCAGGGAUGUGAAUCUAAAGGGAAAAUUUUCCUCCAUGGGAAUGAACACACAUGAGCAGGACGACAAGAGCCGUGAGUAUGGUGUCUUGGUGAACAAUGAUAGCUCCUCUGAAUUGAUGAUGAAAUGUGGGAAAAGGAAAGUACCAUAUGAAUACUAUUUUCCACAUCCUCUAAAGAAAGGCACAAAGGUGAAAAAAAUUUACCCCCUUUUACCACACAUUGCUGUGUGGAACAAUAAAUAUGUACAAGGUAUUAUGGAGAUUGGAAAUUAUAGUGAUUACAUGAGAAGUAGUGCAGGGGCAGAUGCUAAUAAGUUGCUGAGCAGCAAGGGGGCGAGUGCCACAUUGAAGAGUGAGGCGAAGAAGGAAAAGAGCGGUAUGCUCGGGUUGCUGCAUUUGGUGGAGAAGACUCGCGACAAGCAUCUGUACGGGUUGUAUAAAGCGCACGACAAGGGUUGCGACGAGUAUAUGUUAAACAAGUUUCUGCGCAGGGAUGGCACCGGUGCGGCUGUCACCAGUGCGCCUAUGACCAGUGCUGAUGGCGGUGCUCCCCUGCAUGGGAACGUAGCAGACCAAGCGAGCGACACCCAGGGAGCGAAAAAACAAAUCAGCCUAAGCAAAUUUCUCAUAAAAAAAUACCUCUGUAAGUUAAAAAUGAGGGAAAAGUUAAAAGGCAAAUUGCCCAAGGGUGAAAACGUGACCUCCCCUGCACAGAGCCAGCAGCAACAGCAACAGCAGCAGGACGAAAAAGAAGAAAAUUUUCCAAAGUCAAAAAAUGAAAGAAACACAUCUAUUGAAUCGACAAAUCUGAGUAAGCGUGUGACGUUUAACGAAACAAAUAAAAACGAAUACGUGGGGAAAAAAGGAGAGCUAGGACAACAUAGCCAGGCAGACGAUACGGUCAUGCAGAAUGUGAGCUACUCGCAAAGUACCCCUCCUGAUGAUAAUGUAGAGUGCUUCAAAUAUGUGCGUGAUUAUAAAUCACCAUCUUUUGCCAUAAACCAAAAUGACCCUCUGUCAUACGUCAUAGGGUUUAAUAAGCAUAACGUGGCUUUCAUGUUUCCGACCGUGUCUCGAAAAAUUAUUUUUUCCAAAACGGGGCAACAAAAAAGGAAAAAUUAUAUAUUGAUGCGGGAGCAGUAG